GACCAAUCAGCGGCCUCCGUGAGAUUGAACGUUAGAGCGCCUUUUACUGCUUUUACUUCAGUGAGAUCGAGCUAGCUGUUGGAGGUUACAGAAACGUCAACAGGCUGAAACAUGGACGAGUUAUUUCAGAAACAACUGGCAGAAAACGGCCUGAUCUACAAAAGGUCUCUGGAUCGGAUCAUAGAGAAGUACUCAAAGAUCCCAAACCCCGACCAGGGCAGAGAGGUGGACCUCUGCACCAUCAAAGAUAAAGAUUUUGAACGAUACAUGAGGAAGACCAAAGUAGAGCUGGACGAGUUGGAGUCUCAGAGACUGAAAGAGACGAGAGACGAGUCCAUGAGCGUGCAAGACAUCUCAGGAGACUCUCAGCUGGACUUCAUGCAGCAGAGCAGCGGAGCUGAUGAAAGCUGUGUUUCCAGCUUUUCCAACACACUCGUCUCUGUGCAGAGUGACUGUGAGGCUUCAGGCGUCUCUGAGGCCGAGCUGCAGCCUGAGGACCUGGACCAGGAGCUGGAGAUGACCCUGAGGAGCAACGACUCCUUGGCAGAGCUCUACCCGAGCAUGAUCAGCCGGAUAGGGCGCGCAGUGCAACGGCACACCGUCUCCGAGGCCGCUGACAAUGUGCUGAGGAGGUACCGCCGCUGGAGGCAGCAGCCCAACAGAAGCUUCAACUCCAGCAACAGCUUCACCUCCACCCGGAGCAAGACCAGCCCACAGAAGAGGAGCAGCAAGGAGGACUCUCAGAGUCCUGUGAAGAGAGCAGAUCAGCAGGACUGGCAUCAGCAGUCACCUGUGAGGGGGAGGCCCAUAAUCGUCAUGGACCUCUCUAGUCCCUCUAGGAUCCUCAAACCUAAGAAGAUCCCCGUGAACCAGACCUUUGAUAUGUGUUUGGAUGAGUCCCAGCAUGGAGAGCAGCCGUCUGUGUACUCUGUCAGUCCUUCACGGUCUUCAUACCAGUCUCCUAAAGCCCCCUCCGACAUGUCUCUGAGGGCCAGGAGGCUUUUUAACGCUGCACAGUCUCAGCAGAUCGAUGGGUACUCAGCGUACGCAUCACAGACCACUAAAGAGAGACCGGACCUCUACGGCUCCCCGGUCCGGCAGAGUCCCACAAAGUACCUGCUGAUGAGGAGCCUGAGUCAAUCCCCUCGCUCUUCCUCCAGGAGCCCAAAACUGCACCCUGCUGAGAGCUGCUCCAGAGAGCCCACGAGGUCCAGAUCAGAGUCCGUGUGUCUGUCCUCCCCUCAGAGAAGAACCCCUCAGCCCCUGAGGACCAUGUGCCCUCAGGACUGGAGUCCGUCCUUCCGUCUGCAGCAGCUUGCACCCCGCUCGGCCUCAGCAGCAGAGCCUCGCCACAGACGGCGUCACCUGUCUUUUGAUUCCUCCCAGGCAUCCAGACCCGAGUUCUACUCCCCGAAGAAGCUGGACGAGGACUUUAUAAAGCUCUACCACAAGUUUGUCUGCCAGAACAAGUCCUCUUACUUCACGGGGCUCCCCUGCCGGUUCUGUGCUCGGAGCUCUGAGGCGAGCAGAGGCCACACCUCCUCCUCUCUGGCAGCCCUCGCCUUGUCGCCUCACCGCUCUGUCCUGAGGAAACGCCACAGAGAGUUAAGUCCUGAGAGCCGCCUCCGGUCCAAACGCUACAGGGAGUCCUGCCCAUCUGGUCUGUCUGCUUCGGGAGCUGAGCGGCAAUAUGACGGUUGCUCCCUCAGCCCCGGUAAACACAUCAUGUUUCAGAGGUUCAGCAGUCAGCAGCGAGCAGCGGAGCAUCAUCAGGACGCCUGGAUGAGCCGGAGCCAGCACAGACCUGCAGCAGAGUCCUCAAGACCAGGAAGUUCAUACGAGAGGAGUGCUGCCGGUGGCUCCCCCAGGAAGUGGUGGUGAACCAGAAUGAAGACUGGACGCCCCCCCCCCAUUUUUCAGAAAAAAA